AUGGAUUAUCAAUUAUAAUUAUUAUUAGAAGUUCCUUAAUCCAAAUUAUUUGAAAUUAAAACACAAUAACCAAAAUAAGUUGAUACUGGCACAUUAUAAGUAAUUUUAACACUAAUUCUAUUAGAUUUACUAAUCUGAAUAACUUAAAUUAUCUUUCUUAAAAUUUGGCUCAUUCUAAUAUACAUUAUAAAAAAAUAUUCCUAUUAUGGUUGCUUAACUAGUUAAUGGUAGCAAGAUGUACAUAUUCCCUGGUCUUAAUGAAAUAUUUUAUGGAAUUAUCAUAGAAAAAUAAGAUUAGGUAUCUGAUACAUUUGAGCAUAUUCUUUCAAUAAAUGUUCGACUAGUUGUUUCUUCACAAAAACAACAUUAAAGUGUUAUGUCUAAAUCAAUAUAUUAAGGAAGAAAUGAAAUGAAAUAAUUAAAUGAAUAAUAAAAAUUGUCUCAAUAAGAAUUAAUGUUGCGAACUGGAAUAAUGCAAGUAAAUUUAUGGGAUCAUGUUGGAUAAGGUGAGAAACCUCCUGGAGUAAGUGAUUAUAUUAAAUAAGGAGGAAAUGCUAUUAGAUAAGGUUUAAUAUCUGUAGCUGGAUUUAUAGGAGAAGGAAUUAAAAAAGGAGGAGAACUUAUUGCUGAAAAGAUUACUGAUAAAGAAUAAAAAGAAGUUUCUGAAGACACAUUAAACAAAGUUAAAUUAGUAAAUAAAGGCUCUAAAGCUAUACUUUAAUUUACUAAAGCUUAAGUUGAUGCAUUAAUUAAUUUGGGAAAAAUGAUUGCUGAAGAAGCAGAAAAAUAAUUUGAAAAUAGUGAAACAGGUAAGAAAAUGCAAGAACACAAAUAUUAUGAUGAUGCUAAAAAUCUUGGUGGAGCUGCAGUAGUUGCUGUUGUAAGCAUUUAUGAUGGAUUAACUGAAGCUUUAAGUGUUCUUUUAGAUUGUACAGGUUAAGCUACUACUGAAGUAAUUUAAAUUAUAUAUUAAUUAAUCUAGAUUAUUAAAAAUAAAUAUGGUGAUUAAGCUAGUGAACUUAGUAAAGAAGGAUUUUAAGUUGCUGGAAAUGUUCUUGCUUUUGAUAAAAUUUAUGUCUAAGCAGCAGCUAAAGCAGUCUUAGAAUAAUAAUAAUAAUAAUAAUAAUAAUAAUAAUAAUAAUAAUAAUAAUAAUAAUAAUAAUAAUAAUAAUAAAAAUAAUGA